CAUUUCCGUUACAUAUUUGUCCACGGAGACGAAAUCCAUUUGCGGCGACGCGGGGAGGGGGAGGGGGAGAGGAAAUAGUUGGUGGUUGUGUUCGUCGCCCGGAUGACGGCGAUGAAGAAGAGAGCUUCUCCCCCGACGCUCUGGUUGGGCCUGCAGCUCAUCCUGUGGUUGUCGGUGCUGGCGUGCACGCUCGCGCUGAUCGGCAUCGGCUCGAGAUCGCCGUCCCCUGCCGCCCUCGUGGAGGUGCCCUUCUCCGGCACCCCGAAGAUCGCUUUCCUCUUCCUCGCUCGCUCCAAUCUCCCGCUGGAUUUCCUCUGGCACGCCUUCUUUCAGAAUGCCGAGGAGGAUAAAUACUCGAUAUACGUCCACUCGGAGCCGGGCUUUGUAUUCGAUAGGACGACGACGAGAUCGCCGUUCUUUUUCGGGCGUCAGAUUCAGGAUAGCAUAAAGGUGGUGUGGGGUGAGGCAACUAUGAUUGAAGCGGAGCGCUUGCUUUUCGCUGCGGCCCUCAAGGAUCCGGCUAACCGACGGUUCGCCUUAAUCUCUGAUAGUUGUGUUCCUCUUUACAACUUCAGCUAUAUAUAUAACUAUGUGAUGUCUUCUUCAAAGAGUUUUGUGGAUAGCUUUCUUGACAAAAGGGAAGGACGUUAUAAUCCUAAGAUGUUUCCUACAAUACCCAAGGACAGAUGGAGAAAAGGAUCCCAGUGGACAAUCUUGGUAAGAAAGCAUGCUCAGAUUGUGGUGGCUGAUACUGUUGUGUUUCCAGAAUUCAGGAGAUUCUGCAAGAGGCGAAUAGAACCAGUGCUUGGUGGAAAACAGAAUCAUAAAGAAGCCGCUCAGAAGGAACACAACUGUAUUCCAGAUGAACACUAUAUGCAAACAUUACUCUCUAUGAAUCAGCUUGAAGAUGAACUGGAGAGAAGAACUUUAACAUAUACUUCAUGGAACCAAUCUAUAGAUGCACAGGAAAAAAAUAAUUGGCAUCCAAAGAAGUUUGAGUUUGCUGAUGCAAGCCUACAGCAUAUUACAGAAAUAAGGAACAUUAAUCAUAUAUACUAUGAGACAGAAUAUCGAACGGAGUGGUGUCAAUGCAAUGCCACUUUUGUACCAUGCUUCUUGUUCGCUAGAAAGUUUUCUCGCAGUGCGGCCAUGCGCAUUCUGAAGGAGGGCCUAAUUGGACCAUUUGAUGCUGGUGCUGUAUUAUUUACUAGCUCCUAAAUUCAUACUAACACAGUUAGCAGCUCGAUAAUCGUACGGCGGUACUUGAAGUUCAAUGGUGCAAUCGGAUCAUGCCUUCAGAUCAUCCGAAAAUUGAACAUUACCCGCAAAGUUCCAAAUGGAUACAAAGGUGUCCUCACCAGCGGAUAUUAGCAGAAAGGCGACAGUUAUCUUUUCAUUGAUAGUACUAAAUGAAAUCUGAGAGUUAAUCGUCAGAGAGAAGAAGAUGCAGGUUUGUACAGAAUCUACACCAUGACAGAGUAGGAGAAACCUCCUUUCAAUACACGAUGAUAGCAUAUAAAGAGAGUUUGUAUUGUCUGAUGUAAUAUUUGGCUUAUAUAUAGAGGGAAUUGGCAUAGAACAAGUAUAGGAAUUGUACACUGCCAAGUGAUUUUAUUUCUGAGCAAUUACUAUAGAUAUUUUUUUCAUACGAGCAAACAGUUUUUUAAUCCACCAUACAUUUUUGUAUUUUAAUUUCAGAUGCUUGUUGUACGUUAAUGUGGGUCAAAAUCUCAUAGUAGAAUGUAUACGAAAUGACGAGUUAUCUCUUCA